AUGAGCUUCGCAUUGCCCUACGGUUCGCUGUCAGCUCGACCCAGCCCCAGCAGACGGUCUUUGGACUGGGAACACGAACGGCUGGCCGUGCGAAGGCUUUCCUCGCCACGGGGUCUUGAUUUGCUAACUCCACCUCCUCCUCCUCGCCGACCCUCAGCGAUCCCGGGCUAUCUCCUGCCCCCCUACCAGGAGCAGGAAGAGCAGCUCCACCAGCAGCUCCACCAACAGCAGCAGCGGCUUUCCUUGUCCAUCGGCUCAGAGGCCUCCCUGGCUCCACCGGCACCUCCACCUGUGGGCGCUGUCCCACCUUGCUGCCGCCCAGUUGGGGUCAUGCAUCUCCUGCGCCUGGGUCUCCUAGCCUUCAGCUGCCUCUUUUGGGCAGCUGGCUUGGCCAUCUUCACCCUUGGGGUCUGGGCGCAGAUUUCCCUGGCUGACUUCAUGCUGCUGUCUUCCAAUCGUUACCCCAACGCCCCACUCAUCCUUUUGUCUACCGGGGCUGCUGUCACCACCUGGGGGUUCCUGGGCUGCCUUGGGGUGGCCGCAAAUCUCCCCUGCGUUCUCAGGGCUUACGGGUUCUUUCAACUCGCUGCACUUGUGGCGGGUUUGGCUGCUGGACUCUCAGGUCUCUUCUAUCGUGAAGACAUUGCUGGUGGAUUUCGCAGUGGCCUACAGCGAGCGGUGGCCGGCUACACUGAAGACGAAGGCCGUGCCGAUGCAUUAGACAGCCUGCAGAGGGCCCUUGAGUGUUGUGGAGCUGAGGGUUGGCGUGACUGGCUCACCUCAGACUGGGCUAUCCAGCACAUGAGCUUCUUACCCACCGAGAACGGCAGCUCUGUGUCCUUACCAGAUAGCUGCUGUGUGAAGCGCAAGGGCUGCAAGAACCGUCCUCUCCUGCCAGAUUAUGUUGAAGAAGUUGAAGCCGCAGGAAUUCAUCCACACGGCUGCUUCCGUAAAGUCUUCAGCAUGGUCAACGAUAACGUCUUCCACAUCGCUGCCACCGUGUUGGGGUUGGCGUUUACCCAAAUUGGAGGCAUUGCACUUGCUUGUGUGCUGGCAAACAAAAUGGCACCAAGACAGCGUCGACGUGUGGUGGCGCAUUAA